AUGAUCGCUGAUCCAAGCUCCUCCUUAAAGGACAAGACAGAAAACGUUUCCAUCUUCUCAUCCCAACCACCUAUCUUCAUUUUGCCAACGCAUCUCUCCCUGGAGGAGCUGGACGAGAUUGAAGGCAGAUUGAUAGAUUAUGGUGGGAGAUUGACCUACGACAUCGCCGAAGCUGGACUUGUUUUGGGGAAAGUCGGGCGCGCUAAACGUGCAGCGCUGGAACUGCGCACCCGCGGUACCUGGACAGAGGAGCUCAUACCCAGCUCAGCUUCGAAAUCAAUUGGCGUGGAGCCUCCUUCCAAGCGCAGGCGCACAGAUCAGUACGAUGGGACUCAGGAUGUCCCAGUUGAGAUUAUCGAUCUUAGCACCGAGUCUGAGGAAGAGGAUGGGGCUACGAAUGGUGACUCUUCAAAGCACCUGAUUCCAGAGCGAAAGGUAGAGGAGAUCAAAAAUUUGGUCACGGUCCUGAAACUCGAGUGGAUGGAUACCUCUAUCAAAUCAGGCAAAUGUGUGUCACAAGACCCAUUCGUUGUCUAUCGUGGGCGAAAGAUUCCUUCUCCUCCCACGACAGGGAUAGAAAAUAAGCAAAACCUACUUGCACAAAAGUCAAAUCAAAUCAUCGAGCGUGCAAAACAAGAUGCUGGUUUACAAACACCACGAACCCCUCCACCAGAUUACAUCCACGCACGUCGCUCAAAAGAACCCCCCGAAGGACCAUCCCCGCGUCCCCGACCAACCCUCUAUCGACAAACGACCUCUGAACACGAAAAAGACGAAAACGACGCACCCCCACAGCCAGACUGGGUCCGUAACCAGGUCGUAUUCGCAUGUCUACGCUCAGCACCCUUACACCCUCCAAACGAAGACUUCAUCUCGCAACUCGUGAAAAUCAGACGAAUCCGCGAACUCACCCUCGACGAGAUCGGCGUGCGUGCAUACAGUACCUCCAUCGCAUCCGUGGCAUCAUACCCACAUCGCCUCCAGCGACCGAGCGAGAUCCUUGCUUUACCAGGGUGCAACGCCAAGAUCGCAGACUUAUUCGCGGAAUUCCAGCAACACGGUGGCUGCGGUCAUACCGAUGACGACGGUAAUGUUGCCGCUGCCGAUGCGCUGGAGACGGAUCCCAUGCUGCGGGUUCUGAACUUGUUCUACGGGAUCUGGGGUGUUGGAGCGAAGACAGCGCGCGAGUUCUACCAGCGUGGCUGGCGUGAUCUCGAUGAUAUUGUCGAGCAUGGGUGGAAUACGUUGUCUCGGGUUCAGCAAAUUGGAGUGAAAUUCUACGAAGAGUUCCAGGAGGGUAUUCCUCGUGAUGAGAGCGAAGGUAUUGCGAAUGUUGUUCGUGAACAUGCUGGUCGAGUUCGGCCGGAAGAUAAAAAUGGAAUCGAGUGUGUGAUUGUUGGUGGAUACAGACGUGGGAAGGAACUCAGUGGUGAUGUUGAUAUUGUAUUGAGUCAUCGUGAUGACGCGGUGACUCGGAAUCUGAUUGUUGAUAUUGUUGCGAGUCUCGAGGCUGAACGGUAUAUCACUCAUACGCUAUCGUUGCAUCUGACUUCUUCGCUGCGCGAGCAACAGACGUUGCCUUUUCAUGGUGAUGAUACAAGGAAAUUCGAUACUUUGGAUAAGGCGCUGGUUGUCUGGCAAGACCCGCACUUCGAUGCUACAGCUGUUGGAGACGAUAGCCGGGGGAAAAAUCCAAAUAUCCAUCGUCGUGUCGAUAUCAUUAUAUCGCCUUGGCGCACGGUCGGUUGUGCGAUACUCGGCUGGUCUGGUGAUACGACUUUCCAGCGAGAUUUACGGCGUCAUGCGAAAAAAGCUCGCUCGUUGAAAUUUGAUUCGAGUGGUAUUCGAGACCGAGGUACUGGACGUCAGGUUGACCUGGAACAUGGUGGAGAGACCUGGGAGGAGAGGGAGAGACUUGUGAUGGAGGGGCUGGGGAUAGGAUGGAGACCACCAGAAGAACGGUGCUCGAGAUAG